AUGCUCAGCGGACAGAAGCUGCGAAACGACAACAGCAGCAGCCAGUCACUUGGCUAUAGCGCUGGUCCACUGUCCUUCGCUCCCGAGAGAGGGCCAGUCAGCAGGCAGAAGUCUAAUCCUUCAAAACAGUAUCCAACCGACUGGAAGACGCUCUCGGCAUCAGAACUUCAAGUAAUUGAGCGGUAUGGCGAAGUCGUCGUUGUCUACACUGAUGGCUCCACCCAUUACCACUUCAUAGGACCUCCGUUGGCCGACGGAAGUCCCAAGUACGAACUAGACCAAUUCGGACAGAGCAAACCCAAGACUUCAGGCUUCAGUGUCGCGUGGCGUGGAGAAGGUGGUGAGUUCGAGGCGGAUGCUUACUCCACAGGAGCGGCCAGCAGCUCGAGGGUCGAAAUUCGUGCUCUUGACGCUGCGAUCCAUACAGCGUUCGAGUUAUGUCAUGAGCGCAGAAAGGUUCGUGCUCUCCUGGUCAGCGACAGUCUUGACGCCAUUCAUAUGUGCUCGGGACCGAGCGGGAUGUGUUCGAAGAUGCGACCGACGGAUCCUUGUGUUUCGCACGACGAAAUCCGCACAACAAAAUCCGCACAGAGCAAAGACUGGAUUCAAUUGGAUUUACUUCGACAUCACUUGGGUCAGGUCCCACGAAGAUUGUGCUGGAAAUUGUGUGGCCGACGGCGUGGCGAAUGGUCGAGGCGCAAUAUGAGGGACGCUGCUCGCGUGGCGGAUCUUCGUCUUGCAGCCAAGCAGCAGGAGGUGACGACGACUGGGUCUGACGAAGACGACUUUCUUACUAGCACCUCGGUACCUAAUGAGCAGCCACCUCAACUGCCUGGCAACACCACCGGACAGGCCGUUAUGGUGGUUGAUCCGGGCGUAGCGAAACGUACGAUGAGCAAGACGUUCAUCACACACGAGAUGCAGCAGGCGGGUCUUGAGGCCACCGUCCCCAAAAGUCAAGAUGACGAUGCUAGUGGUAGCGGUAUUAUCGAUCGUGGUAGUGGGAGAAGCAACGGUAGUGAGCCGAGGAAGAAACUUAGAGCUGAGUCGGAUGGAAUUCUGCGUGACUCUGGCGAUGACGGGAGCAUGCAUCGGACUUCCAAGAAGUCAAGACGUUCGGCGUUUGGUGGGUAG